CCCCGCCCCGUUCCGCUGCCCCGCACCGUCCUGCUCUCCAGCCUCGCUCCAUCCCGCUGCCCCGCCCCGUCCCGUUCCGUUCAGCUGCCCAGCCCCGCUGGUACCCACGAGCUAGUGGCUGCCGUGGACACCAUGGGGACCGCCUCGUCGCUCGUGAGCCCCGCGGGCGGGGAGGUGAUCGAGGACACGUACGGGGCGGGCGGCGGCGAGGCCUGCGAGAUCCCGGUGGAGGUGAAGCCCAAGGCCCGCCUGCUACGCAACUCGUUCCGCCGAGGCGCGGGGGCGGCGGUGGGGGCCGGGCCGGGGUCGCUUCCCCGCGGGGCAGGGGCGGGCGGGCUGCUGGGGGCCAGCUUCAAGUCCACCGGCUCGUCGGUGCCCGAGCUGGAGUACGCGGCGGCCGAGUACGAGCGGCUCAAGAAGGAGUACGAGAUCUUCCGCGUCAGCAAGAACCAAGAGUUGUUGUCCAUGGGCCGCCGCGAGGCCAAGCUGGACACAGAGAACAAGCGGCUGCGGGCCGAACUGCAGGCACUUCAAAAAACAUACCAGAAGAUACUUCGAGAAAAAGAAAGUGCUUUAGAAGCAAAAUACCAAGCAAUGGAGAGAGCAGCAACAUUUGAACAUGACAGAGAUAAAGUUAAAAGGCAAUUCAAGAUUUUUAGAGAGACCAAAGAAAAUGAAAUUCAGGACUUACUGAGGGCCAAGAGGGAGUUGGAGAGCAAACUUCAGAGGCUACAGGCUCAGGGCAUCCAAGUAUUUGAUCCUGGGGAGUCUGAUUCAGACGACGACUGUACAGAUGUCACUGCUGCUGGAACCCAAUGUGAAUAUUGGACUGGCGGAGCCUUGGGAAGUGAACCUUCCAUAGGAAGCAUGAUCCAGCUUCAGCAGUCCUUCAGAGGCCCUGAGUUUGCCCAUAGUUCUAUAGAUGUGGAAGGACCCUUUGCAAAUGUUAACAGAGAUGAUUGGGAUAUUGCUGUAGCUAGUUUAUUACAAGUUACUCCUCUGUUUUCACAUUCUCUGUGGAGUAACACUGUCAGAUGUUACCUCAUUUAUACAGAUGAAACCCAGCCUGAGAUGGAUCUUUUCCUUAAGGACUAUUCACCUAAACUUAAGAGAAUGUGCGAGACAAUGGGAUAUUUUUUCCAUGCUGUUUAUUUUCCAAUAGAUGUUGGAAAUCAAUACCUCACUGUAAGAAAAUGGGAAAUUGAGAAAAGUUCUUUAGUUAUUUUAUUUAUUCACUUAACAUUACCAAGCCUUUUAUUGGAAGAUUGUGAAGAAGCUUUUCUGAAAAACCCUGAAGGAAAACCUCGAUUAAUCUUUCAUCGUUUGGAAGAUGGAAAAGUCAGUUCUGACUCUGUCCAGCAAUUGAUUGAUCAAGUUUCUAAUCUAAACAAGACCAACAAAGCCAAGAUCAUUGAUCACUCAGGAGAUCCUGCAGAAGGAGUAUAUAAAACUUACAUUUGUGUAGAAAAGAUUAUUAAACAGGAUAUACUGGGUUUUGAGAACACAGACCUGGAGACUAAGGAUUUGGGCAGUGAGGAUUCCAUUCCAGAAGAAGAUGAUUUUGGUGAUGUUCUGUGGGACAUACAUGAUGAACAAGAGCAAAUGGAAACUUUUCAGCAGGCUUCUAAUUCAGCCCAUGAGUUGGGAUUUGAGAAAUAUUACCAGCGCCUUAAUGAUCUAGUGGCAGCACCAGCCCCGAUUCCACCUCUUCUGGUGUCUGGAGGACCAGGUUCUGGAAAGUCUCUUCUUUUAUCCAAGUGGAUUCAAUUACAACAGAAGAAUUCCCCCAACACACUGAUUCUUUCCCAUUUUGUGGGAAGGCCCAUGUCGACCAGCUCAGAGUCCUCCUUGAUUAUUAAACGACUAACUCUAAAGUUGAUGCAGCACUCUUGGUCAGUCUCUGCUCUGACACUGGAUCCUGCUAAGCUUCUGGAAGAAUUUCCACGUUGGCUGGAAAAACUGUCUGCUCGUCAUCAAGGCAGCAUCAUCAUUGUUAUUGAUUCUAUAGAUCAAGUUCAGCAAGUUGAAAAACACAUGAAAUGGCUGAUAGAUCCACUGCCAGUGAAUGUAAGAGUAAUUGUUUCUGUGAAUGUAGAAACAUGCCCUCCAGCAUGGAGGUUGUGGCCUACACUUCAUCUUGAUCCCUUAAGUCCAAAAGAUGCAAAAUCUGUUAUAAUUGCAGAAUGCCACUCUGUAGACAUUAAAUUGAGUAAAGAGCAGGAGAAGAAGCUGGAACGACACUGUCGUUCUGCUACAACCUGCAAUGCCCUUUAUGUCACCCUUUUCGGCAAAAUGAUCGCGCGUGCUGGGAGAGCAGGCAAUUUAGAUAAAAUCCUUCAUCAGUGUUUCCAGUGUCAAGAUACUGUUUCAUUAUAUAGACUCGUUCUGCACUCUAUCCAGGAGUCCAUGGCAAAUGAUGUGGAUAAAGAGCUAAUGAAGCAGAUUCUCUGCCUUGUCAAUGUUAGUCACAAUGGUGUGAGUGAAUCAGAACUGAUGGAACUCUAUCCUGAGAUGUCCUGGACUUUCUUGACCUCCCUUAUUCACAGUUUAUACAAAAUGUGUUUGUUGACUUAUGGUUGUGGCUUGCUCAGGUUUCAACAUCUGCAGGCUUGGGAAACAGUGAGACUGGAGUACCUGAAAGACCCCACCAUUACUUCUUCAUACAGGCAAAAGCUGAUCAACUAUUUCACCUUGCAGCUAAGUCAGGACAGAGUGACUUGGAGAAGUGCAGAUGAACUCCCGUGGCUUUUCCAGCAGCAGGGAAGUAAACAGAAGCUGCAUGAUUGCCUUCUUAAUCUCUUUGUGUCUCAAAACCUUUAUAAAAGGGGACACUUUGCUGAGUUGCUGAGUUAUUGGCAGUUUGUUGGCAAAGACAAAAGUGCAAUGGCAACAGAAUACUUCGAUUCAUUGAAGCAGUAUGAGAAAAACUGCGAAGGCGAGAACAUGAGUUGCUUAGCUGAUCUUUAUGAAACCUUGGGGCGAUUUCUCAAGGAUCUAGGCCUUCUCAGUCAGGCUGUAGUACCUUUGCAGAGGUCUUUAGAGAUUCGAGAAACAGCUUUAGAUCCCGAUCACCCAAGGGUAGCCCAGUCCCUCCACCAACUAGCAAGUGUAUAUGUGCAGUGGAAGAAGUUUGGCAAUGCAGAACAACUGUAUAAACAGGCAUUAGAAAUCUCAGAAAACGCUUAUGGUGUGGACCAUCCAUAUACUGCUCGUGAACUGGAGGCACUUGCAACUUUGUACCAGAAACAAAAUAAAUAUGAACAAGCUGAACAUUUUAGGAAAAAAUCCUUUAAAAUUCGUCAGAAAGCUAUAAAGAAAAAAGGCAACGUGUAUGGAUUUGCCCUUUUACGUAGACGGGCUCUACAGUUAGAAGAGCUUACAUUAGGUAAGGACACACCUGAUAAUGCUCGGACCCUCAAUGAACUGGGUGUUCUCUACUAUCUUCAAAAUAACCUGGAAACAGCUGACCAGUUUCUGAAGCGUUCCUUAGAAAUGAGGGAGCGAGUUCUAGGACCAGAUCACCCUGACUGUGCUCAGUCUUUGAAUAAUCUGGCGGCUCUGUGCAAUGAAAAGAAACAGUAUGAUAAAGCAGAAGAACUUUAUGAAAGAGCUUUAGAUAUUCGGAGACGUGCAUUAGCUCCUGAUCACCCUUCUUUGGCAUAUACAGUGAAGCAUCUUGCCAUCUUGUAUAAGAAAAUGGGGAAACCUGACAAAGCUGUACCUUUGUAUGAAUUGGCUGUUGAAAUUCGACAGAAAUCUUUUGGCCCAAAGCACCCUAGUGUAGCUACUGCUUUGGUGAACUUAGCUGUUCUUUAUAGCGAAAUGAAAAAACAUGUUGAAGCUUUGCCAUUAUAUGAAAGAGCAUUAAAGAUUUACGAAGAUAGCCUGGGUCGGAUGCAUCCUCGAGUUGGAGAAACAUUGAAAAAUUUAGCUGUGCUUAGCUAUGAAGGAGGAGAUUUUGAAAAAGCUGCUGAAUUAUACAAAAGGGCAAUGGAAAUAAAAGAAGCAGAAACAUCACUCUUGGGUGGAAAAGCUCCUUCACACCAUUCAUCAAGUGGAGACACGUUUAGCUUAAAAACAGCUCAUUCUCCUGUUUUCCUUCAGCAAGGACAAAGGUAAUGGCAGCAGUUAGAAUUCUUUGCAAAUGUACCUUAAGACAAAAUAAUUAAACAUUCAGAACAUUUGAAUUUGAAACUUUAAAAAAAUGUUUUAAGAAAUUUUACUCUUACUAUGUGUGAUUUAACUGCUAUUUGUAUGAAGUUGUAUUGGAAUGCAUUAAGUUGGAAUUGUGAUUGUGUGUGCUUUAAUUGUUUAAAAGAAUUUUCCUAUCAUCUGGUAUCCAAGGAUGUAGACACAUUAGAAUUGUAAGAUGACAUGAGGAGCAAAUCAUGAAAAGUGGAUUGGUCUUUGUUCAACAAAAGCUGGCACAGCAGUUAAGACAAGGAGUUCAAGAAUUCCAUGAAUCUUGGCCAGGCAUGGUGGCCAUACCUGUAAUCCCAGCACUUUGGGAGGCUGAGCAGGAGCAGGAGGAGGCAGGAGCAGCACUUGAGGCCAGGAGUUUGAGACCAGCCUGACCAAUAUGGUAAAACCCAGUCUCCACUAAAAAUACAAAAAAAAUUAGCCAGACAGGGUGGUGCAUGCCUGUAAUUCUAGCUGCUCGGGAGGCUGAGGCAUGAGAAUCACUUGAACCCAGGAAGUGGAGGUUGCUAUGAGCCGAGAUUGCACCAAUACAUUCCAUCCUGGCCAGCAGGGUGAGACUGUCUCAAAUAAAUAAAUAAAUAAAUAAAUAAAUAAAUAAAUAAAUAAAUAAAUAAAAAGAAUUCCAUGUUUCUUUUCAGCUCUCAAGAGCUACUUUAGCCUCGCCAUUCCUCUUGCUUUUCAGCAGUAGUCUGGCCCAAUUCUCUACCUCAAAGGAAAGUUUCAAGGAUUAAAAGGAUAAUGUUUAUGAAAGAUUCAAAUUGUCUUCAGUGAAACACAUUAGUCACAAGAAUCCCUAUUGCUGCAUUUUAAAAAAUUCUUUACCCUUUCCUUGAGCAGACUGGUCCAGUCCCUCUGCUUUCUGCUCUGUCUACAUUGUGUAUUAUUUAUUACUAUAUAGUAUAUGUAUCUGCAUAAUGUCUGAAGUCAUUAAUGCAGUAACAGGUCAAGCUCUUUAGCAUUCUUUGUCUUUUCCCAAAAUAGAGAUAUGAUAUUCUCCUUUAUCUUCCUCCUUAGAUGGCCUAAAUCUGUCUCUUCAUUUACCUCAAACUCAAAUUAGUAUGCCAUUUUUAUACUGAAAAUUAUUUUUAUGAAUUUUAUAAAUAUUGUAACAUUUUAGAUAUUGUUUUGGACCAUUUGUAUAUUUAUAUAUAAUAAAAUCAUCAAUUUAAUACUUGUAAGAUCCUAACAUGUAUUAAUUGUAAAAGUGAAAUAGGUAAUAGCCACACUUCACUGUUUUAAAAUAAAAGUGCAAUUUUAAGUUC